UCUUUGAAUGACUGUGCGAGAGGGUCGGUUGUCUUGGCAACCUAUAUACAGCAGCAAUGAACUUCCGGAAAGCAAGUAUUCUUGUGUUUUUAACUAAUUAAAAGUUUUUUGUUUUAUUUUAUGACCAUAGAAUUUAUAUUGACCAGUACCAUAUAGCUACAUUGUUGGUUACGGCUGCAAACCGGACUCUUGUUGCAAUGCCCCGUUCUAACAAUAACGCUGGAGCACCUGUGAGAAAGGAUGAGGAAGAAGACCUGUAUAUGGCUGAGGGAUUGGAUGAGUGGCCUCAUGGGAAAACACUUAUGAAACCUGCAGAUCAACUGGAGCUCACUGAGGCUGAGCUGAAGGAGGAAAUCACAAGGAUCCUGACUGCAAACAACCCACAUGCCCCCCAAAAUAUUGUCCGCUACAGCUUUAAGGAACGUUCCUACAGGCCUACCACCAUUGUAGAUCAGAUGGCUGUUCACUUUGUCUUGGAGGGUAGUCUAGUGCAUCAAGACUCUGAUGAGGCUCGUAGGCUGAAGGCCAAAGAGAGUCUCCCAGAAGAGACUGAAAAGGUUGACAUUGGAGCAGAACCUGAUGAGGAAAAUCCAGAAAUCCCGGCCACACCUGUAGAGGACGGAGGUGAAGUGGAGGAAGUGGGAGUGGAGGACAGACCAGACAGUGUUGCCUCCAAAACUGACAAGCAGGAACCAAAGCUUACUAACCAGUUCAACUUCAGUGAGAGGGCCUCCCAGACCCUCAAUAACCCACUGAGGGAAAGAAGCUGCCAGACUGAACCUCCUCCACGCAGCACCUUCUCUGGCACCGCUAAUCAGUGGGAGAUCUAUAUUGCAUACGUGGAGGAGCUGCAGAAACAAGAAAAAAAUAAAGAGAAGCAGAAAGCUGUACCAUCAAAGAAAGAUAAUGACCAAAGCAAGAAGAAGAUGAUGUUGAUGGAGACUCAGACUGAUGAUAUCACUAAAGUGGGAAAAGCAUCCAAGAUCUUUGAACGAAUGGUCAAUCAGAAUAUCUUUGAUGACAUAGCACAAGACUUCAAAUACUUUGAGGAUGCCUCUGAUGAGUUCAGGGACCAGGAGGGCACCCUUCUGCCUUUGUGGAAAUUCCAGUAUGACAAAGCCAAAAGACUGUCUGUCACUGCCCUCUGCUGGAAUAACAAAUAUCAGGACCUGUUUGCUGUGGGAAUGGGAUCAUAUGACUUCAGUAAGCAGGGCCGUGGCAUGCUUGUCUUCUACUCACUGAAGAACUCUGCAUUUCCAGAGUAUAUCUACCCCACCAACUCUGGCGUCCUGUGCCUCGACAUCCAUGAACAGCACUCCUCCCUGGUGGUGGUAGGCUUCUAUGACGGCUCUGUGGCUGUCUACAACCUGAAAGAGAAGGGACUGGAGCCUGUGUACAAGAGCACAGCUAAGACUGGCAAACACACUGACCCUGUCUGGCAGGUACGCUGGCAGAAGGAUGACAUGGACAACAACCAUAAUUUCUGCUCUGUGUCAUCUGAUGGACGAGUUGUGUCUUGGACACUUAUUAAGAACGAGCUGGUUUUUACAGACAUUAUCAGACUGUCACUGAAUGGUGCUGUCUCUGAGGGGCCGGAAAGUGCACAGCAGCCCAGCAUCGCCUGUGGUACAUCAUUUGACUUCCAUAAACAGAUCGACUAUCUCUUUCUUGUUGGCACUGAGGAUGGGAAAAUACACAAGUGCUCCAAGACUUACUCGAGCCAGUUCCUGGAGACCUAUGAUGCCCACAGCAUGGCAGUGGAUACUGUAAAGUGGAACCACUUCCAUCCAAAGAUUUUCAUCUCUUGCAGUUCAGAUUGGACUGUGAAGAUCUGGGACCACACCAUCAACACUCCUUUGCUGACCUUUGACUUUAUUGCAGCAGUUGAAGAUGUUGCCUGGGCUCCAUAUUCCUCCACUGUAUUUGCUGCUGUCAUAACAGAUGGAACUGUUCAUGUUUUUGAUCUAAAUGUCAACAAGUAUGAGGCUAUCUGCCAGCAGCCAGUGGUGGCCCAAAAGAAGACCAGGCUGACUCACAUUGAGUUUAAUCCCAUCUAUCCUAUCAUCAUAGUGGGCAAUGACCGAGGCUGUGUGACCAGCUUCAAACUUUCCCCUAACCUUCGCAAAAAUCCCAAGGCUAAGAAGGGUCAGGAGGUGCCUAAGGGUCCAGAAGUAGAAGUAGCCAAGAUGGAGAAGCUCCUCAGUCUGUUGAGGGAACCAGAGCAAAGUGCAGGUUAACACUGCCAUCACGGCUUUUCUCCCCAAUACAGCAACAUGGCACAACCUUUAUUCUCAUUUUGCACUCAUCUCAUUUCUUUGGUUCUAUGGGUGGAAAUGUAAAUGACAUAACAAGAAAACAAUUUGUAUAUGGUCUUCUAAAAGUUUUUUUCUGAUCUUUUUAAUAAAUCAUUCAUAUUCAGUUUAUAAUGCAUUUAUUUAUACUGCAGUACUGGAUACAUAUUAAACAGGCAACAUUAGAAUUCCAUUUGCUUGGUUGAUCUUUUCUGCAGGAUUUAUUAAACCCAUUCUCUUUGUAUUGUACAAGUUGAUUAGGCUAAAAAAUGGGGGAGGGGAUAAAUUAGUGUAAUAUAUUGUUCAGUUAUGGACCAUAUCCAGACAAUCUUGGCUGGCACACGCCAUGCCGGGCACCUGUCCAGGGAUGAGCUAGGAGUGUUUUAAGUUCCCAUCACUGAUUUUUGAUUUAUAGUGGUGUCUGCAUUUUUUUUUUUUCUUGCCUUUUUCUCCAUUCGUCUCCAUCUUACUGUGAGCUUGUCUGCCCUUCACAUCUUCCUGCAAACACAUGCAGUGCUGUCUGACCUUCAGUGUGAAUUAUUACUGAUCUUCACAAGCUUAGUUAGUGUAGGGCUUCACUUUUUUUCAGACAAUGUGGAAUAAAUGAUUGUGGCAAUGGGGUAGUAAUGAGAAUACAGCUGUGACAGUUACCUCAUUACUGCAGUAAUAGGAGGCAUACUGCAAGAUUAGCUAUAGAACCUUUUGUUCUACUGUUUACCAGGUUUGUUUAUGUUGCCCUUUUGUCGAUUGUUGUAGCUGCAUGGAUCACAUUUGGCUUGUGUCGAAGAGCGGCCUGGCAGUUAGAAAGUGCACUUCCAAAGCAAAGGUUGCAAUUAUAGUACAACACCUGUAGUAUGUCCAGAGCAAAAUGUCACCACCGACUGAACAAUGUAGCAAAAACGCCUUCUGUGCAAGCACGUUCUUACGUAUAAUAAGUAUGUAGCACUCCAGGACUUAUUUUUUGGUCAGAUGUUGUACUGUAGUAGCUUUUUUCAAUAACUGUGGUCUCUUUCUUUGUCCACAUGUUCUUUAGUAAUUAAUUUUAAUAGAAUCAUCUUUUUUAAUUUACCAGGCUUCCUCUAAAGGCAGUAAGUGACUUUUUGCUCAUAUUAUAUCAUGUUUCAUGGUUGCCUUGUAUUCUUGUCUACUGAGGCUAUUUUCAGGUUAAAAAUGGGUGUUUCUGCAUCUUUUACAAUAGUAGAAUAAAUGCAACGAACAAUUCCAAGAGCUUCUCUAAAAAUUGUUGAAGUGUUUCUGGAUAGUUUCUUUAGAGCGAGUAUGCAUAUAAUUAGUUGCUUUUACAUACAAUUUUUAUAUUAUUCUGAUGACAAGUUAUUGUUUGUAGAAAAAUGAGCCAAUCCCAACAUAAAUGUACUGUUUUUAUCCCAUUCAUCUCAUGGUUGUGGUUGAGCUGGAUGUUGCCACUGCAUUUUUUUUUUUUACUACAACUGGGAUAUGCUACAGAACAUUUUCUAAUACUACACAUACAGUAGCAGCUCUUAUUCUCAUACGAGCAACAGCGAUAUAUUCUGAAACCCUUUCUUACUUCUUAGUCCAUACAUAGUUUUACUAUGUCAGCUAACAUUCCUGGAGGUAUUGUAAAGUUUAAAAUACAAAUAACCUCUACAGCACGUCUUGCCGAACUGUACGUCGCAGCACCAACAAUACAAGUUAAAUGCUUAAGUAUUGAUUAUGUGUGCUGGGAUGUGGGGGAACAUGGGCAGUUUCUGUGUGCGGUCUGUGAUUCAGUCAAGAGUGAGUAGGCCAUCGCGGACAGCAACGAGCAGAUGUCAGUGUGAGGGCUGUAUUGAAGAGGACACACAUCUAAACUAAGCCUCUCUAGUUCUUAUGUAACACUCUCAACAAGGCACUAUGCCUCACAGAUCGCUGGUAUUUAUGAGUGACAAUGACACACAUACUCCACAUGGACUCAAGUCUCUGUUCUCAACAACAGAUUGUUUUUUCUUUUUUAUGGGAGAGUAUGAAAUAGGAGGAUAUAUUUAGAAACCUCCAACAACAGGUUGCUCUUUGCGUACUGCACAUUCCUUUCUCUCAGUCUCUGCAUAACCUGCAUCCAUCAGUGGCCAUGUCCUUUUCAUUACACAGUGUGUGUGUUAAAUGUAUACAUUCAUAUUGGCAUUCCUUCAUGCACUUGGUCAACCCAAGAACAAGAUCUGAGAAGUGAUAGCUGCUUAAAAAUAAUUCCUUCACUCCACUACAGUUCAUCUUUUGCUAUGAUCAGAUUGACAGCUGACUUUUACAACUGCGAAGCCAGACAAGGCAGAUUAUUGCUUGCAGUCAGUUCCAGUGCCCCCUCAGUCGCCUCUCCUGUGUAGGAGUGCACCAAGGACAUCACUCUUUGCUACAUUUGAUUCAUCCUU